AUGUCAUACACCGAUCGGUUUGGGAUGGCUUUUAAGGUCGCCCUGAGACGCUCGCCGCAGGAGUUGGCAGAACGAUGUCAGCAGUGCCGAAAGAUCAUAUCAGCCGCAAAGGAGAAACAGGAAGGAGAAGCGAGGAAAAAUGCUAGCGUUCUACUAGAACAGAUUGAACAAGAGGAGGAGGAGCGUGCCAAUAAAGAGGCAAUGCAGGCCCGGAAGCGGGAGAGAAAGCGUAAUAAGCGUAAAGCAAAACAGGAGGCUGCAGCAGCUGCUGAAGCUGCCAAGGAGAAAGCUGCUGCAGCUGCCGCUGCUGCUGCUGCCGUUUCUGAAGUUGUUCCAAAAAAGACCGUUUCGAACAAAUUAGAUGAGGAGCAAUCUUCUGUAAAACAAACCGAAAUCAUUCCUAAGGUCGAGGAAUCCACCUCCAUUGUACAACCUGGUCAGAACAAACUUUCCCCAUCUUCCAACAACGCUAUUGAAAGUCUUUCUGUAAACACUGAACAGCAGCAUCAGCACAAAUUUGAACCUUCAUCUUCGAAGAAGAAAAACAAACAUCAAACUCCUCCGUCGCAAACAGUUGAGCAGUCUGUUCAAAAAGAGCCUGACACGAGUAAAUCCAUGCCUUCUCAAUCCAACUUUUCUGAGACGAAAAGAGAGAAGAAUCGCUCUAAGAAGCAACCCCAACAACAGCCACAGCAAUCACAGCGGAGCAAGCCUACUGCCUCUCAACAGACUCUCGAAUCUGCCGCUUCUCCCACGGCAAGCAUUGCAGCUGCAGAGGCUGAUGUAGGCGACUCCGUGUUGUGGGAUACCUCCGCUUUUGAUCAUUCCUCCGGCUCUACUGCCGGAAACGAUUGGUUGGUUGCUCAACCUGGUAGCAGUAACCGUGGCCAUCGUGCUCCUACUUCUAUGGUUAACCAAACUGACAACUUCUCUGGAAGUGAUUGGAAGACCAGCGGUCCUUCUGGAUCUGGUAGCUCGGCGAAACGAAAGAUUGCAAUAUCGGUUUCGAAGCAUGAUAUUGGUAAGAUUAUUGGUCAAGGUGGGGCCGUUGUCAGUGCUCUUCGCAAUAUGUCUGGUAUCCAGAUUGAUAUUGAAAGUGCAAGAGGCGAUGAAGUGACGGAGAGGAUGGUUUACUUAAAGGGACCUGGCGAAAUUGUUCAUCGAACCUACCAAAUGAUCCAGGAUCUCUUGUCCGGUGCUCUGGCUGGGAAUGAGGUCAUCGCAAGAGCUAAGACGAAUACCAAAAUGGGUGCAAACUCAUCAUUUUCCACACCCUCCAAUGGUGCUAGC